CCUCUUCCAGAUCAACCAAAUGCACACACGGGUGGGAAAUCCCCAACUCUCUAUUUCUUUUCUUUUCCUAUUCUUAUACCACAUCCCACCACACGUAGUGAUUCGCUUACUUAACAAUCACAUCCCAUACUGCCCUACAAACAAACGCAGCCUUAGGUAACGCUCAAAUUCUAUUAAAAAAAAAUUCGGAAAAUUCAAAUUCCCUGAUUUUCAAGCUUUCCAUCUUCCGUGUAUGCUAUAAAAUAUUAAGAAUUUCAUUUCACCAAGCGAAGUGGAAAAAGGCAGGUUACUUGACAUUUCAUCGUCGCUCUCGAGAUUCUCUGAUCCUAAUUCCUAACUCGGUACAGUUUCUUCGAAACCCUAUCUGCAUCUCUACAAUUCAGAUUCGAGUUCCUCUCCUUCUGGAGUUCUUGGAAUUUCACAGUUACUUGAGGAAUAUUAGGGUUUGUUGUGGACGACAACUUCGGGAGCUCGUCAACGGUUCUGUUGAAGCACCAGAGCUCCAGUGUUUCAGUGAGGUGUCAGGGAAGAUGUUUUAUUCGCAGUUUAUAUUGGCCAAGAAGGGGCCACUUGGAACCAUAUGGAUUGCGGCACAUUUGGAAAGGAAGCUUCGGAAGAAUCAGGUGGCGGAUACUGAUAUUGGCGUCUCUGUGGACUCAAUUCUUUUCCCUGAAGUACCAAUUGCUCUUCGUUUAUCUAGCCAUCUUCUACUUGGGGUGGUGAGGAUAUAUUCUCGAAAGGUGAAUUAUCUUUUCCAUGAUUGCAGUGAGGCUUUGCUUAAGGUAAAGCAGGCUUUUCGUUCCACUGUGGUCGAUCUGCCGCCAGAUGAAUCUACUGCGCCUUAUCAUUCUAUUACCUUGCCAGAGACUUUUGAUCUUGAUGAUUUCGAACUACCAGACACUGCACUUUUUCAGGGUAACUAUGUCGACCAUCAUGUCAGUGCAAGGGAGCAGAUUACACUUCAAGAUACCAUGGAUGGUGUGGUCUAUUCCACUUCACAGUUUGGAUUGGAUGAGAGGUUUGGCGAUGGUGAUACUUCUCAGAUUGGCUUAGAUCUUGACGAGGACUUGUUUUUAGAUAAAGCUGCAGCAGCACAACAUGCUGAAGAUUUGGUUGCCUCAGUAGAGAAUGUGGAUCCUCGGCCAUGUUGUGAACCCAUGAAACCGUUCACUGGCAUGUACAUUGUUGGGGAUGAUAAUAAUACCGAGUGGACAGCUGGAAUUCCAGAAGUCAUAUUGGUUGAUAGUAGUGGAAAACAGAUUGUUUCAGAUGCCCAAGAGAUGAAGAUGGAUGAUAAAUGUGCCAUUCAUAUUGCUCAAAUUAGAAGCCCAAAUCAUGUUGAGGGCUUUCGGUACAAACAGAUUGAGGGCCAAUUGGCAAAUCCUUUGACAGAUUUGGUUGAGUUUACCCUGUCCCCUUCAACCAGUGCGUUAGGAGAAGAUGCAAUCCUGGUCAAUGUUGAAGAGGAUCCUAAUAAAAUGGCUUCACCAUUCCAAUCUCAAGAUUGCAAUUCAAUAAAUUUGGCGGUGACAGGGAAACCGGGUGAUUCUAUGAAAGGACCAGAUGUUCAAAUUGGAAAUGUGAACAAUGCAUUGGUGUGUGCUUUGCUUAAUAAUGAGAAUUCUGGGACUGAUGUCCUUUGCAUGCCCAGUGGGAAAAAUGAGUCUCUUACAGGUGGUGUUCAGGCCAUCCAUGUGAAGCAACAAGGAAAUUCUACACCAUCUGCAGAAAGUAUGGACCCAGUAACAUCUGGUAUUUCUCUUUUGGUUUCCUCACCUACUUCGGUUCUAGCUGAACAACCAAAACCAGUUUCUCCUGUUUCGGAAUGUUCAGACAGAAUUGCGGCUGUGUUGGAUGGUCAGGAAGGGGUUUUAAGUAACAAUGGGUUGGGUAUUCAUAUUUUCCCCAUUGAUCAAAUACAUGCAAAACGUAUGGCCACCCAAGCAAUUGCUGUUGACACAACUGUUGCAUUUCCAGCUUGUUCUCAUGAAGCUAUCUUGCUGGAGGACUCCUUUGGUAGACCACCUUGUGAUAAUGACGCUGUUUCAUUCAAGGAGACUUUUGAGCCGGAAGCUUUGAAGAGCGUGGAACUUGUUGGAGAUGGUGCUGAAUCGUGUUCCUGUAGCCAAGAAUUGCAGUCUACUACUGGUUUUCUGUCAGGAUCAGCAGGUACACAUGAGCUUGAUCAAGCUGAAGGUAAUGCUUCUGCACAGCGACAAGAUUCCAAUAUUUUGAAUAGAUAUGGCCCCGGUGAAAAAUGUCAUGCUGGCAGCCAUGUGCUUCAGCCAUGCAGUUUACAGUCCAACCAACACGGUGUAUCAUCUUUCCCAGAUGGUAGUUUAGUAGAAAAUAUCCCUGACAUGUCAUGCAGGGGAGAUGGGCUAUGCUCAACCAAGACAGCAGAAAGGGAGGAUAUGCCGCAGGCUUCUGCACUUUCUGCUGAUAUGCAAGGUGAAGGGUGUAACCAAGGCUUGGAUGGAAAUUCGAUCGUGGAACCAUUUCAGCCUGAAGAUGUUCAGGCACUUAGAAAGUUAGAUGAGCACCUGGAUGGUGUCAUACUAGAAGACACUCAAAUACAAACUUCCAAUCUUUCAGCCGGUUCUGACUUACCUGCACCUGAAACAUUGCUUUCAGUACCAGCAGGAGCUGAUUUACGAGCUGAUGUAAUGGUUGAACCGAUUCCGGAUAAAGAAAACCCAACCAAAGGAAGUGGGGAUGUGUCCAAAAUCCUUUCUGGUAAAAGGUGUCGCUUGAUAGAAAGUACACCAGUUCUGCAGAGUGGGAAUUCAGCCGAGCUUUCCGGGGUGCCCCAGUCAAGAAAUUUGGAUUCCAUUCCUGAUGAUAAUGAUUUGUUGUCAUCCAUUUUAGUUGGAAGGAGAUCUUCAGCUUUGAAAGUGAGACCUACUCCACCACCUGAAGUACCAUCUUCAAAACGUCUUCGAGUAGGAACCCGUGUUCAUGCUUCUAAGAGGAAGGUGCUUGUGGAUGAUACCAUGGUCUUGCAUGGCGAUACAAUACGACAGCAACUGACAAAUACAGAGGACAUACGCCGAAUACAAAGGAAAGCUCCUUGUACCCGUCCUGAAAUAUGGAUGAUUGAGAAGCAAUUACACGAAAAUGAAAUCUUCAAUGAACCUAUUUUCACUGGGAUAAAAAUGUAAAUUUAGACCAUUAAC